GUCGUCUGUAAGUGAGUUAGUGAAGACCGACGAGGUGCCGGCUGGUGGUAUAGAGGAGUGGGCUUAAUUCUAGGACUACCCACCCUGUGUCGUUAAAGGGUUGACGAAGACGCACUGGAUGACGUAAGAAAAAGAGCGGCCUACUCUGUCGCAGUAAAAUGCGGAGGGUUAAGUAAUAGGGUUGCCCCUCGCCGCGGCCCAACGUAGGAGGGGCGGACUUUCCCUAUUUGGAAUUACGUCCCCGCCUCUUCCCUGGGGCUUGCCGCUUGGGGAGGUCCCACUUCGUCCAUUCCGCGGAUCUUGUCGCCUUCUUCUUCUGGGGUCGUACAAACGCAAAGGAAACUUAUGGCAAGAACAAGUGUGCCUGUUACUACUAACUACUGAUAGAGAGAGUAGCUGUAGCUUGUACUGCAAGUUGUACACUUAGUAGUAGUAGUUGUCCACUUAGUAGUAGGAGUUGUACACUUGUUAGAUGACAGCAAGUGAAUGUUUCGUCACUGUACCGAUAGAGAGAGAGAGUGAGUAGCCCCCCUAUUUGUAGUCGUGUAGGUAUUACAAAAUGACUUCAACAAGUUGUAGGUCAUUUACAACGCACCAGGACCAAUACUAGAGUAAGUAUCUUAAGACCAACAAGUAGGUAUCAUUUACAACGCACCAGGACCAUUGCUAGAGUAAGUAUCUUAAGACCAACAAGUAGGUAUCAUUUACAACGCACCAGGACCAUUGCUAGAGUAAGUAUCUUAAGACCAACAAGUAGGUAUCAUUUACAACGCACCAGGACCAUUGCUAGAGUAAGUAUCUUACUUCGUCUUAAAUGGGUCGGAGUCUACUUUUUAUGACGAACAUUGACUUUGUACUACACAUUGAAUUUGUCACCUCUCUAAAGAGGCAAUGAUCCAACUUCCAGUAUACUACGACGCCACAAAUCCGGAUGUCGUGGCUCAGGUUGAUAGGCAUGCUCGAGAUUACGAUCCGGAUAUAGCAGUGAAAGCAGUUAAACCAGGUAUUUAAGAUUUAUUUUUGGAGAAGAAUGUUCAUGUUGUUGAAGAUGCUUUCCUUUAUUAUCAUUCAAUCAGCGCAUGUUUCGGUUCUUUUUCCACUCACAUUGAUGGCGCAUCAUGCCUAUACGCUUACCUUGUCGCAGGUGAGCUAAACCCUAAACCCUAAACCCUAACUACUUCCAGGCAAACGCGAGGGCCUCGAGUUUCGAUUAGGGAUAAUGAGAGAACAGGCGCUUUUCGGGUCACGGCAAUUUGGCCAGGAUGCUAAUUUGAUGAAGGUAUUCUCGUUCUAGUAGUUCCAGUAGUUCGCGUCAAAAGAUACCGCAAGAACAGGUAAAUGAAUGAAUGAGUGAAUGGUAUUAAAUCAUGCAUGGUAUUGACAUCAGCACUAGUGGCUCUACUAUUUGGUACGUCCCCUCCCCGACUAGACAUCUAAACCUUUUUUUCCUUUCACACCUCUCACCCCGCAGUCCCGACACGUUCAAGAUCUGAAUUCGAUUGAGCAGAUUGAGACGGGAAGAUUAGACCCAGGUGCCUGCAAGAAACGAGUUUUAGGCUAUCACGACAUGUACAUGCAAGUGGGCAGAGGGCCCAGUGAAAGGCUCAGGGCGAAUAGGUGCAACAACUACUUCUUUAGUUUCUUUGAAAGAUGGACUCAAGAUUUAUAGUACGGGGUAGAAAUAGGCCCUAUCUAUCCUUGGAUGUAUCAAUCACGAUCUUUGUUUCAUUUUUGUCCGUGGAUUUGGUUGAUUGAUUCUCCAACUAAUCUUCCCACCAGUCCACCUCGUUUAAACCCGACAUUAAUGGAAAAAACACGACGAGAAUUGCGACCCGGAGAGGGCAGGCUUAGCAAUAUCGCAGAGUUGAGCAAAGUGGGAGGUACCUGAUGAAUUUUUGUUAAUUUUGAUUUUCAAAAUUACAGUCGUGGUCUUGUAUUUUCGGAUAAGAAUAUGAAUAUCUAUGAUCCUUGCAGAUGAUAUUCUUUUCCUACCAGCACUCCAACCACCGCCACCACCACUAUCAGGUGAAAUCAAAGCUCUACGUGCUGAGAGGAAGUUUGUGGCCUUAGAGGUCUGACGAAGGCAAGUAGGCUGAGCCCACUGAUGAGCUCACUACCGGCUGAAUGUAAGUAGUAGAUAUAAGAACUGAGCCCACUGAUGAGCUCACUACCGGCUGAAUGUAAGUAGUAGAUGUAAGAACUUGGAUCAAAGGAUGACAGGUCCCCGCACAUGUCCCGAAAUAUGGGACACUUCCCCACUUCCUCCCCAUAAAAAGCAAACUACAUGGAAAUACCCUUUGGAUCCCGCUUCCAACAACAGGACAUGUGAAACAGAAAAGGAGUGAUUGACCUCAUUCGAAGACAUGAGAAAAAAUGCAAAGACGGAAAGGGAGAGAUGACGAAGAAGAAGAAACAGAAGAACAAAUAGCUCUCCCACACCAACCUCUUGUCAGGCAUAUCAAUCAGUGAACCAAUAAGUAACCAGACUGACUAUACUAGUCAAUGUUGAUUCUGUACGAUCAAGGGAGACGCAAUGAUGAUGAUGAUGAUGAUGUUGUAGUGUUUCUUUCUCAUGAAA